AUGCCAACCGUCACUCAGAAGUCCGAAGCACCCCUACCCUGUGUUUCCACUGAGUCUGAUGCCAAUCAUGGAACUCCCCUGCCGAAUCAACUGCUGGAUGCAAACAAACGCAUCACCAUCUUUCAGAACAACCUUAUCGCAGAGGGUGUAACCAUCAACAUAUCCUCGAGUAACUGCGACGGUUCCACUGUAACCAAGCUGGACUACGUCGCUGGCAUUGCUAGAACUACUGAGCCUAUGUCCUCGCAGCCUCCAUUAGCAAGACAAUUAGUACCACUAGUGGAAUACGGUCGCGAAAGUGUCAUAUUCAACGGCAACACUUUUGGCCAGUACGUCAUGAUAAACAUAGCAUCCCAUCAUUGCACAGGAGCUAGUGGGUCCUUUACUUCUGACCAAAAAUCCAAGAGCUUAACAAUCCUUUACCACUGA